UGGAUAAACGUCUCCAUCAGCCCGCAGCACACAGACUCAUUUCUCCUCACACCAGCUCUGAGUGGAUGCUCAGCAGGGGUGUGUGAGAUAUUAGCACGCUGUGUGUGGGGGGGGGGGGUUGGAAACUCCUCAGGGACUUCUACCACAUCCACACACCAAGGAAGAAGAGCCGGCAGACAGGAGGAAUAUGGGCAAAUCCGAAAGCCAAAUGGAUAUCAUGGAGAAAUCAAGUAAACCCGGGAAGCGUCGUUGGACUGUUGCAGAGAUUGGGCUGUCUGUGCUGCUGCUGUUGGUCAGCUGUGCCUUGGCCGGGCUAGUGGUCCUCUACACGUCAGUGGUGAAAGAACAAGCCACCAGGAUGAGUGUGUCACAGAGCUCAACAAGUGAAGGCCAGUUUUUUCACUUGAGUCCAAGCGAAGUGUGCACGACUGCAGACUGCGUCACUGCAGCUGCUCGACUCCUGCAGAACAUGGACCAGUCUGCAAAGCCCUGUGACAACUUCUACCAGUACGCCUGCGGGGGUUGGCUGGAACGACAUGUCAUCCCAGAGACGAGCUCCCGUCACAGCGUCUUUGACAUUCUGAGGGACAAACUGGAGAUUGUCCUCAAAGGUGUUCUUGAGACAGAGAGUCAACAGGACAGAGAUGCCAUAAAGAAGGCCAAAAUCCUGUACAACUCCUGCAUGAAUGAAAGCCUCAUAGAGCAGCGUGACUCGCAGCCCCUCCUCAAGCUCAUCAACAGUAUCGGGGACUGGCCCGUGGCGUCAGAUGACUGGAACACCACCACAGAGGAAGCAUGGAGCCUGGAGGACACACUGGCGACUCUCACCAGCCGUUUCAACAAGAAGGUUCUGCUGGACAUGUACGUGUGGACGGACGAUCGUGACUCCCGGCGUCAUAUCAUUUAUACUGACCAGCCAGGACUCGGAAUGCCAUCAAGAGAUUAUUACUUCAAUGAUGGAAAUUACAAGAAGGUUCGAGAGGCCUACCUUCAUUUCAUGGUUUCCAUCGCAAAGAUAACCCGAGAGGACAAGAACUUGACUCAGGAAGACGACCGUGUGUGGGAGGAAAUGAUGCAAGUGCUGGAGUUGGAGACAGACAUCGCCAAUGCUACCUCACCGGCAGAGGAGCGCCAAGAUGUCACCAUCCUCUACAAUAAGAUGACGCUGGGAGAGCUGCAGAGCACUUACAGCCUUAAUGGUUUUAACUGGACACGAUUUAUUCAAGGGGUGCUUUCAAGUGUGUCCAUUGCGGUGCAGCCGGAGGAGGAGGUGGUGGUUUACAGCGCUCCCUACCUUGAGAAGAUGAAUGACGUUCUCUCCAGACACAGUGUCAGAACUAUGCAGAACUACCUCACCUGGCAGCUCAUCUUCGACAGAGUUAAUAGCCUGAGCCGUCGUUUCAAAGAUGCCAGAGCGCGUUACAGGAAGACUCUCUAUGGGACCACUGUGGAGGAUGCUUGGUGGAGGGAAUGUGUCCGUUAUGUUCAGAGCAGCAUGGAGAACGCUGUUGGAGCGCUAUAUGUGCAAGAGACCUUUGCAGGAGAGGGCAAACAAAUGGUCAGUGACCUUAUCAGAAAGAUCCAGCAGGCGUAUGUGGAAACACUUGAGGAGUUAAACUGGAUGGAUACUCCCUCCAAAGAGAAGGCAAGAGAGAAGGCCAUGGCAAUCAAGGAGCACAUUGGCUAUCCAGAUCACAUUCUGCAGGAAAGCAACCAGAAGCUUGACAAAGAAUACGCUCAUCUUAAUUAUAGUGAUGAACAUUAUUUCGAGAACAUCCUGGAGAACCUCAGGUCAGAAGCACAGAAGAGCCUGAAGAAGCUCAGAGAGCCGGUUGACCCUGACCUGUGGAUCAUUGGUGCUGCUGUAGUGAAUGCAUUCUACUCCCCCAACAGAAACCAGAUUGUGUUUCCAGCAGGAAUCCUGCAGCCACCUUUCUUUAGUAAACAACAGCAUCAGGCCCUCAACUUUGGUGGGAUAGGAAUGGUCAUCGGCCAUGAGAUCACACAUGGAUUUGAUGAUAAUGGACGGAAUUUUGACAAGGACGGUAAUAUGCUAAACUGGUGGAGUAAUUACUCUGCAGAGCAUUUUAAAGAGCAGUCACAGUGCAUGGUGCAACAAUACGGCAACUUCAACUGGAAGCUAGCAGGUGGACAGAAUGUCAGUGGUAUCAGCACUUUAGGGGAGAACAUUGCAGACAAUGGAGGGGUCCGUCAAGCAUACAAGGCGUAUCUAAAGUGGGUGGAGAUGCAGGGGGAAGAGCCUCGUCUGCCUGGUCUCGAUAUGGAUCACAAGCAACUUUUCUUUCUUAACUUUGCCCAAGUGUGGUGUGGUGCUUAUCGGCCUGAGUAUGCCAGCCAGUCAAUCAAGACCGACUCACACAGUCCUUUAGAAUACAGGGUGCUUGGAUCUCUCCAGAAUUUUGAAGCGUUCUCAGAAGCUUUUCAGUGCCAAAAGGGGAGUAUUAUGAACCCCGAGCAGAAGUGCCGUGUCUGGUAGAUUGUUUUUACUCCACAGAUAUUUAUUUAUUGAGGACAACUCAAAUCAAAAGAACAAGUUGCAGUUGGAGACAUUGUUCCUAUUCCAAUAUAUUUGGAUAUUGGAUGUUGUGCAUUUCAAAUGGAUGACAUCCUGGCCAUCCUUGUUUAAAAACUAACAGCAUGUUUAAUCACAAAAGGAAACUUGCUUGGGCAUCUUCUCAAGUUUAAAGUGUUGUCUCUGGAUGAGUAGGUCACCUGUCCUUUGCUGUCACACUUAGUGAGGAGUUGGUAAAUAAAAUGUCUUACAUUAAAAUAAAAACUGAGCUCACAGGGACGGCCUUAAUGCUUUGCCAGCCUUCCUUAAAUUAAUCUUUUGUGCCGAUUUUUGUGAUUUACUCUUAAAAAUUUGUCCUCUCUCUGACUUAACGUUUUUAAGACAUCGCGCCAGUUCAGAAGAAACAACGGUCAAAAAUAAAACUUUGACUAGAGAGAAUAAAAUAAAUGAAAGCUGUGGGCUUUGCUGAAGUAAUGCUUCAAUAGAAUUAGUCACACUCUGAGAGUUCUGUUCAUUCACUCUUAUAUGAAACACAUUAUCUUAAGACUUUAAGACUGUUAAAUCUUUGCAGCUUUAACCUUAAAUUAGCAUUCUGCUAAAGCUGCUGCUUUCGACAUUUCUUCACUGACAAAGUGGAUAAAGAUGUAAUAUUUAUGAAGAUACUGAGUUCUUUAUCGAGCAUUACUUUUUUUCUAAUUGUCUUUAUCAGGUUCUGCAAAUGGUUGUUGCUGAAUACUCACUGCAGAAAUGUUUAUGUAUGCCAUGACUGUUUGCUGUAAAAUAAUAAUAAUAAUAAUUUUCCAGAUGUUUUGAACAUUAUUGGUGUGUCUGCUGCUUCGUAGCUUGUGUCAAAAAUACCUAAGGGUGACGUGAUAAUGAUGGAAAGGUUUCACUUUAAAUGGGUACAACCCGGUUUAGGUACAGAGUUUACACUCAGAUACUCAUAAUGGUUGUGUUGUGUAGUCAGACCAUUACUCCCUAGAUUUAUUGAAAUCUAUUAUAACUGCUUGUAUCAUAUCUGUACGUUUAUACUGAGCUUGAAAUACUGAUUGAUUUGUUGAGCAAAUGUACUUUCCUUUAUCAAACAAUCUGACCACAGUGCUUACAAGACUUGUACCCUCUGGGCAUAGCCAAUUACAUGCUGAAAAGGGGGUGGGAAAAGAAAACCUCCUCAGAUAGCUUCACACAUGGCUGAGCAGCAGAUGAAGUGCUUUGCCCUCUGAUCUCACAUUGAUCUGUUCUGUGUAAGAUGAAAGGAUGAAGUGCAGUGUGCUGAAGCAUGGUGACCGCCAGUAGCCAAACCACAAGCCACAAUCAUUAAAGAGAUGGCUAGGGCCAGGACUGUUAUUUUCUACCUUUAUUAACAAGUAAUGACAGGAGAAUCAAAGCAGAGGGGAUGCAGGUAGCAGCAUCAGGAAGCUACGGUGUUGUGUGCUGAACAGAGCUUUUAUUUAGAAGGAAAGAAAAACAGCCUCUAAAUGUUUGCUUGUCAUUGAUCAAAUUCAGGAUGCUUUGGUAACCUGAAGACGACUUUUGGGCUUCGACAGAGGCUGCUGAAUUGAAUGUACAUAUUGAAGCUUUACGCUCUCAGUCCGUCUCUCAGUCUUCACAUAUUUACUGUUACUCUUAGCACUGUUUUUCUAAGAAUGUAAAUGUUGAUAAUGUGCUCACAUGUUAAAGCUAAAGUUUGACAUUUCAGGAAUCAUUACGCUGAUUCGCUUUCUGGCAGAGUUGGACGAGAUAAACGAUACCACACUCAUGUCUGUUAAAUAUAAGCUACAACCAACAGGUGGUUACAGUAGCUUGGCAUUAAGUUAGUAACAGUUAGCUCUGUCAAACAAAAACUGACCCUCUCAGACUUACACUAAUUUCCUUUUUUAAAUCUGCUUAAAAAGAAAGGUGUAAAGAUAUUAAACAGCAUUUUACCAGAGCUUAUUGGCUGGAUAAGCGCUUUUGGAUUCCCAGUUUAUUUUGUGGUUUCCAAGGACAGCAAACCAAAAUGCCACUGUAUGUAACAGCCAAUCAGAGCGGCAAAAUCUGUGAUGCAGGAGCAAGUGGAUAUGCUAUAGCUUGUUCCAAUUUCCAAUUCCUGGUGCUUGUAGAAUCAAUCAAUGAUUAUUUGUAUAGUGCCAAUUCAUAACAAGUGAUAUCUCGAGAACCAUACAAGAAACUAUAACAUUUCAGAUCAUUCCACAUCAACAUCUUGGUUUUUGACCAAAAUGCGUCACCUUGGCUUAAACCUCCCUUUAUUAGAUCAAACAGUUUUGAUUAAUCAGGUCAGGCAGAUCAAACCAGUUUUCAAUGGUUUUCCUGAUCCUCGGCACUAACAAUUAGCUCAUGGUUUUCACAGAAAAAGUUCAUCUUUUGGAUUUUGUUUGGAAAGAUUUUAACUAGACUAGCUUUUCCCCACUGUUUAAAGUCUUUGUGCUAAUCUUAGCUAACUUUCUUAGAGCUUCUUAUUUAUAAGACACGCAUGACGGUGGAAACAGUCCUUUAAUCUUGUUCUUUCCAGGAAAGAGAACAAGUGUAUCUCGUGAAAUGUCAAAGCCUUUUAUUUUGAACAAGAAGGCACAUGUAUCAUGUCUGGUUCAAAGAGAUGCUGGAGGAGGAAUCAUAAGCUACAGUGCAAAGAGAAGGCUGCUGUUUGAAAGGCAACAGCUGAAGCUCGGACUAUUGUUUAUUUUGUCCGGUUUUAUUCAAGUUUCAAGAAUAUAUAUAUAGUAGAAACUGUUAGCUGAACAAGAAUGGGAAGGUUAAAUUGAACGUUUUAUUGUAGAUACUAGGUGUUCUAUACUGCAGUAUUUACAUAUAAAUAGUCAUUAUUAUAUAUUAAAUAAGAGAGCUGAUAUAUCUUGCCUUAGUUCUAGCUUCACAUCGGCUGAAGUUGUGUGGUUUAGAAAUUCAGAAGCCAAGAACAAAUACAUUUUUGUACUAUAUAAACAUGUUUAUGUGUAUACCCAUCAGAGGAUUUUAUUUAUCUACAUGAAUAUUUAAGACAUGUCAUUGUUGCUUUGCAAGAAUUCAGAUGUUAAAGAUGUUUUAUGAAUGUUCCUGCUGCUAUGUAACGAUGUAGAUUGCCAUUAAAGUGACUGUCUCUACUGGU